ACUUCCCCACUGUUCAGCAGUGGAACUCCCUGCCUCUGAGUGCGGUGGAAGCUCCUUCUUUGGAGGCUUUGAAACAGAGGCAACUCCUUCUUCGCGGCUUCAGGCGCCCCCUCCCUCCGGUCCUCGAGGGCGGCGCCUUGGGUAGCGGGGACGACCCCCUUCGAGCCGCUGUCCGAGGAAAGACGUGGAAAGAAAGAACCUUGUCUCCUCCAUCCUCUAUCGUUUCUCCGGAGGAGGAGGAGAUGGGCGCCGCGUGGUCCCCGGGGUUGCUGCUGGGGCUCUUGCUGGGGCUGCUCUGUUGCCUGCUCCAGCCUGGCCCCGCCGAGGCGCAAUCGGUGCUGAGCGACCACGAGAUCGAGGAGUUCCUGAAGGGCUUCUUGGGAGAAACCGAGGAGGAGGAGGAGACCGGGGAGGAAGGCGAGAAGGCGGCCCCGGUGCCCGUCGAGAGGGACCCCCGGGAAGAGGCAGGCCCACAAGAGAAAGCGAAGGAGAAGUCGAAUACAGGGGGGGAAAAGAAGCCACCCAAGCCCACCAAGAAACCUAAAGUAAGACCUCCAAAAGCCCCCAAGAAAGAAAAAGGCCCAAAGCCCACCAAAAAGCCCAAGGAGAAACGCCCAAAGGCAACCAAGAAACCAAAGGAGAAACCUCCCAAGGCUACAAAAAAGCCAUCUGGAGGAAAGAAAACGGAGAGGCCCCCUCCACCCAUCCAGCCCUAUGCGGAAGAAGAGCGGUACUACUUUCCAGAAACGCCACUAAUCCCACCCCCAGCCAGAGAGGAAGAUCAUUAUGGGAUGCCCGAUUCCACAAGGUUCCAUGAUCCCUAUGGGAGGGAAGAUGAGCACUCGCGAGUGAAUGAAGAAGGAGGGGAGUCUCUGUUCCCGGAGGAGCCAACAGAACCACGAUGGGAUGAGGAACAAGAUCCAAACAGGCAUCAUACCGACUUUUAUGAACCUCCAACGGAGCCACAGGAGCCGGGAAGAGAGAAUAGGAACCGCGAAAGCCAGCCAGAAUCCCCAGGAGAGCUGGAGCCACCUACGCUGGAUUACAAUGAACAGAUUGAGCGUGAAGACUAUGAAGACUUUGAAUACAUCAGACGCCAGCACAAACCCAGCAAACCACCAAAGAAAAAGAAACCCGAGAGACCCAGACUGGAGACGGAGGAGAAGCCAAGAAAACCAGAAGAACCACCCACCCCUCCAUUCGAGAAUCAUUAUGAAGGAGGUUUAGAGCUGCCAGAUUAUGGAGAUGUGGACUAUGGUCUGCCCCCACAGAAGCCCAGAAUCUACCCCAGCAGAAAAGAGGAUGAAGAUGAAAUGGAGACAGAUGAAGAGAAACUCAGGCUAAAAAAGCCUAAGAAAGGCAGCAGCAAGGAGGACGAGGAUGUUGAGACAGAUGAAGACAAAUGGACGGAAGAGAAAAGCAAGGAACGGAAAGGGAAGCCAAAGAAAGCAGGAGGGAAAAAGUGGGAGACAGAUGAAGAUGAAGAUGAUAAGGAGUGGACUCCAGAAGAGAAAAUAAAGUGCCCUCCCAUUGGAAUGGAGUCCCAUCGCAUUGAGGAUGACCAGAUCUUGUCUUCUUCCAUGUUGCGACAUGGCUUAGGAGCACAACGUGGGCGUCUCAAUACGCAGGCUGGGUCCAAUGAAGAUGAUUACUUUGAUGGGGCAUGGUGUGCAGAAGAUGACAGCCGCAUACAGUGGCUCCAGGUGGACACCAGAAGAACGACCAAGUUCACAGGAGUCAUCAUCCAGGGCCGCGAUUCUCUCAUCCACGAUGAUUUUGUCACUACCUUCUACGUAGGUUUCAGCAAUGACAGCCAGAACUGGCAGAUGUACAGCAACGGCUAUGAGGAAAUGCUUUUUUAUGGCAAUGUUGACAAGGAUACCCCUGUGAUGACUGAAUUUCCAGAGCCAAAGGUUGCCCGCUUCAUUCGUGUCUACCCACUCACCUGGAAUGGCAGCCUUUGCAUGAGGAUGGAAGUUCUGGGAUGUCCCCUCUCAAGCAUCCAUAGCUAUUAUAGCCUGCAAAAUGAAGUGAUGACUUCAGUAGAUAACCUGGACUUCCGACAUCACAACUAUAAGGACAUGAGACAGCUUAUGAAAGUGGUGAAUGAAGAGUGCCCCAGCAUCACCCGCAUCUACAAUAUUGGCAAGAGUUCCCGAGGACUGAAGAUUUAUGCCAUGGAAAUUACUGAUAAUCCAGGAGAGCAUGAACUUGGAGAACCAGAAUUUCGCUACACAGCUGGAGUCCAUGGCAAUGAGGUGUUGGGGCGCGAGCUUCUGCUAAUGCUGAUGCAGUUUAUGUGCAAAGAGUACAAGGACGGGAACCCGCGUGUGAGGAACUUGGUGGCUGAAACCCGCAUUCACCUUGUCCCCUCGCUCAACCCUGAUGGCUAUGAGAUUGCCAGCCAAAUGGGCUCAGAGCUGGGGAACUGGGCCUUAGGACACUGGAAUGAGGAAGGGUAUGAUAUCUUUGAGAACUUCCCAGAUCUCAACAGCAUCCUCUGGACUGCAGAAGAAAGGAAACUGGUACCACACAAAGUCCCCAACGACCAUAUCCCCAUCCCUGACCAUUAUCUUGCAGAUGACGCUUCUAUGGCAGUGGAGGUGAAAGCCAUCAUGGCUUGGAUGGAUAAGAUCCCAUUUGUUCUCGGAGCCAACUUCCAUGGCGGGGAAAAAUUUGUUUCGUAUCCCUUUGACAUGGAUCGUCCUGCCAGCGAAAACGAAGUGGCUCCACCACCACCACCACCACAGGAUGACUAUGAAGAGGAAACCCCGGGGAAAAAAGAGACCCCAGACCAUGCCAUCUUCCGCUGGCUGGCCAUUUCCUAUGCCUCGGCUCACCUCACUAUGACCGAAACCUUCCGAGGGGGAUGCCACUAUCAGGAUAUGACUGAUGGAAUGGGGAUUGUCAAUGGUGCCAAAUGGCACUCCCGAGUGGGCAGUAUGAACGAUUUCAGCUACCUUCACACCAACUGCCUGGAGCUUUCCAUCUAUCCAGGGUGUGACAAGUUUCCUCAUGAGAGUGAAUUACCACAGGAGUGGGAAAACAACAAGGAAUCUUUAUUGACAUUCAUGGAGCAGAUACAUCGGGGCAUUAAGGGUGUUGUGACAGACCAGCAGGGUGACGCCAUUGCAAAUGCCUCCAUCUCUGUUGGGGGAGUCAAUCAUGAUGUGAAAACAGCAAGCGGUGGGGACUACUGGCGCAUCCUGAAUCCUGGCGAAUACCGCGUCACAGCCAGAGCUGAAGGCUACAAUCCGAGUGUCAAAACUUGCAAUGUUUUCUACGACAUCGGAGCCACCCAGUGCAACUUCAUCUUGUCACGGUCUAACUGGAAACGUAUUCGGGAGAUCAUGGCCAUGAACGGGAACAGGCCUUUGGGAAUGCCCGUAUCUGGCCGGCCCAUGACACCCCGGGAGCGCAUGCGAUGGAGGAUGAGGAUGCGCCAGAGAGCCCGCCUGCGUCAGCAGAUGCGCAACCGGCUACGGCAGACCACAAGUGUGCCAACGACACCUGCCCCGACCACAGAUUUCCCCUUCUCAUUCAGCAGCACUACACUCCUUCCAUGGAGCCAAGAGGCUCCCACUGCCCUACCAGCCACAACCUGGGAAACAGAGGUCUACACAGAGACAGUGACUGAAUGGGAAACAGUAACUGAGGAUGUAAUAGAGGGGGAAACCGAGGAGACCAAAGAAGAGACCACGGGCACAGCUUUUCCCAUGACCACAGUAGAAACGUACACAGUAAACUUUGGUGACUAGAAGCAGCUUCCCAACAUGCUGUGAUUAUGGGCCAAGAACACUUGUAAAAUAUUCAUAAAGCUUGCCCUGCCUUCUGUAUAAUGCUGUAUCCAUUCAUCAUCAGCUGCUUUUAGAACCCACUGGAAAAUCCACCACUUUGAACAGCCUCCAACAGCCACAGCACUUACUCCUCUGCUUGUCACUUUUACAUACACACAUCUCUCUGUGCAGAUACAACAGUUUGUUCCCCCCACACACCCCAAAAGUCCUAUUAUUUCAAUCAUAUACACCUAGUAAAUGGGAAGUUGAAGUAUGCCAUGUAGCUGAGCUUGGUCCUGAAGCAGAAAACAGAGUCAUGACAUCUUCGCACAUGAAGCUUUUUCCUUUGAAAAAAACUGUUUUCUUCUCUGUCUUUACAGAAUCUCUUACAGUGAGGCCCUAUUAAAUUAAUUUACAAUAAGAUAUGUUAAGAUAGGAGCUCUGGUGGCAAAGUGUGUUAAAGCACUGAACUGCUAAACUACCAGACCGAAAGGUCUCAGGUUCAAAUCCUGGGAGCAGAGUGAGCACCUGCUGUUAGCUCUAGCUUCUGCCAACCUAGCAGUUCAAAAACAUGCCAAUGUGAGUAGAUCAAUAGGUACAGCUCCGGCGGGAAGGUAACGGCGCUCCAUGCAGUCAUGCCGGCCUUGGAGGUGUCUACGGACAAUGCCGGCUCUUCAGCUUAGAAAUGGAGAUGAGCACCAACCCUCAGAGUCAGACAUGACUGGACUUAACGUCAGGGGAAACCUUUACCUUUAUGUUAAGAUAAUUGCAAUUGGCACUUUUAAUAUCAAUAUAUGUGUCCAUACCUAAAUGUGCUUGACUACACUUUUAUUUCUAGGAAAAUGCAGGUUUUUUUGGGAGACCUGAUUAGUAAAAUAUCUGAAUGGAAAGUGGCAAGAAACUCCUGAGUGCCAGAGUCACAAGUGAAAAGCACAGAAAGAGCUCAAGAUGUAUGGGAAGAUAGUGCCAUCAAUCCUGACUACUGUGUCAGCCACUCAUAAGUUUCUAAAUUUCUAAACUGAUUUAGCCUGUUUUCAAUUUUUAUCUUCUUGCUGAUGAGAAUUAAAAGUUUGCCAGCUUUCUCGGUGAUGCCCAGGGUGCUAUGGCAGCAGAGCUGUAAGAGUUCAGCCUGACCUUCUCACUAUUUCAAAUAUAGUUUCUCAUCCAGAUAGUUGCUACAAGGAGACUCUCCUUUGCAAGUGCCGGGCAGCAGAAUGGGAUUAUUUUUCCAGGUUCAAUAUUACAGCCCAAUGAAGUGCAAUCAUAAGCCCUUCUGACUUCCUAAGACUGCUUGUUUAUUUGAAUAAAGUGAUUUAUAUAAGGA